UCCUCAGCCUCCCACUUCCAUAAAAUACACACAUCUUUCUCUGCACCAUUUUCAAAUGCCGCAGAAGCCCGUAUAACUCUCAAACAAGUGAAGCAGCCUCAUGCUUAAGGAUCCUAGAGGGCAGGGCCUAAGAUCCGAGAGCCCACUCUCUCCAUCUGUACCCUUCCUGUACCUCUUAUGCUCAGAUGAUGAGUGCCUCUCUUAGUGGAGAUCAACUGACUGUGAAGAACUUGCUAGCAGAACUGUAUAGGUUAGUGCUGGAUCCAAGGUUGCACUGUACUUCGAGAUCAUCACUCUUCUCUUUCUCUCCAUUUCUCUCUUUCUCAUAAAGAGGAGGCUCUUGAGGUACUAGAGCCAGACGUAGAGGCUGUAGGACCCUGAUUCGGACACGAUAUUUAGCAGUAAACAUGGCAAACCCCUGCAUGUUGGCUCUAGAACUACUGGGGAUGCUGAUUGGGACAGGAGGUUGGUUCUGCAAACUGGCUGCCACUAUCAUGCCUCAGUGGCUGUCACAGUCUCCUGAAAUGAUGUCCACAGAGAGCUAUGAGACAGGGCUAUGGGAGGCCUGUGUGGUGCAGGAAUCAGCUGGAAGCGAGUGUCGUCCCUAUGACACUAUCCUAGGCCUACAGCAUAUGUUCACGCUGGCUCGGGUUCUGAUGUGCCUGUCAGAUGCCACAUCUCUUCUUGGUCUUCUCCUGGCCAUCCCUGCAAUGAGUCAGAUCAACUGUUGUAAGGGUGAGGAGGGGCAGCGGAUCAAGAAAGGUUUGAAGAUCACAGCGGCUGUGUUUUUGUGCAUUGCUGGAUUGCUGGUGCUUGCUCCCGUCUCGUACGUCGCCCAUGACAUUGUACAGAAGUUCUUUGAUGAGACGGUACCUCAUAUAGUGUCACGUUCAGAGUUUGGGGACGCACUAUUUGUUGGCUGGGCUGCAGGAUUUUUGGACAUCGUUGCAGCCAUACUGUUAUUUAUAUCUUCUUGUUUUAGCUCAAGAGAAAGUGAACCACAUCUGAUGUAUCACCAUCAAAGACAAGUGAUCAGAACUGUUGAUGGAUCUUCAAGGAAACGCACUGAGUAUGUUUGAGUGUAUAUUGUAUUCAGUCAUUGUAGAUUUAACUUUAUGAAUAUACUGAAUUUUUAUCUUGUAAAGGCAUUUUUUUUUUGCCCCUUUGGAAACCUUUUAUAAUUACACUCGGUGUAUCCUUCAAUUAAACCCAUAAAAAAGGUGAAGCAUUAUCAUGUAUAUAUCUUUCCAUAUAUAUAUUUUCAAGUAGCCUAAUUAUUUCUCCUCAUGUGUCAUAUAAUAUGAAUAUAGGUAAUAUGAAUCUUUAAAGUUUGUUUGUAUGUUUUUAACUGCUUUCAAAGAGCUGUAGUGAAUGAAAGGUAAGAAUGUUUUUUUAGUAAACAGUUUGAUGUCUUUCAUAAAGGAAUUUUGAUCAAAAGAAUUGUUUGUGAAAUCCCUUUUGGGGUAUAUUUGAGGUGUUUUCCCUACUCUUUUUUACAAUAUACAGUAGUGUUUAAAGACAUAAUGUACAACAGUACAUAGGGUUUAAAGACACACUACAUGAGGCCUGAAAAAAUGUACAACAAAAUGUGUAAAGUUAAGACUAAAGGUUCACACUUGCAUUAACACACUGCUUAUCAAGUAGACAGGUACUUUUAAUGUCACCUGCAAAAGCAGCGCAUAUUGUAUGGAGAGCAAGUGAAGAGCACUUUAAAAAACAGCCAACUGCUAAUCCUGAAUACUGUCUACUUUUAUUUAGGAAUUGCAUCUGAGCUCAUAAGUCGUACAUAUCAGCAUACAUAAUACUCUCUGUGUAGUUGUUUAUGCAUUUCUAGUAUGUUGAGUAAAUGCAACAAAAGCAUUAUGUAUUAAUUUAUUACAGGAUGUGAAGUCAGUCUGAUGUCAGCUUUGAAACAAAAAGAGUACAAAAAGGAUAAACAGGACAAAAUAAGAGCUUUUGGUGUUCUAGUGUGUUCAGUCAGAUGAGCUAAUGGCAGUGAAGUGCCUGUUUGAGUGUAAUUGUCACUGAUGGUCUCUCUAUCAGAAUGUACACUAAGCUGUGUUUAAUGAAGGCCCUAACGAGCAGCAUGUCCUCUGAGGAA